AUGAGUGUUCUUCUGACUGCUUCUGUCCUGCUUCUGCUUCUAUCCUGCUGCCACAUUUGCCAAGCAAAUCGUCCUGCUGCUCCUGUCAAUGUCUCUGUCAUUCACCUGAGAGCACACUCAGCUACCGUGUCCUGGAGUGUUCCGGAGGGAGAGACUGUAAUCGGCUAUGCCAUCUCUCAACAGAGACAGGAUGGCAUGAUGCAGCGUUUCAUCAGGGAAAUUAACACCACUAGUCGUGCAUGUGUGCUGUGGGAUCUAGAUGAAAACACAGACUACAUUAUUCAGGUGCAGUCCGUCGGACUUCACGGGGAAAGCCAGGCCAGCAAGAGGGUUCAUUUUCGAACCCUCGAAAAAUCAGACCACUUCCAAUCUAACCUGGUGGCUCAAGUUGACCCGUCAGUAGAAGGUCUUGACAUUUCCACAAACCUUCAGACAGGAGAGAUGUUAAUCAUCAUGACUGUGCUGCUGAUGUGGGCAGGCGUGAUUGCUCUCUUCUGUAGGCAGUACGAUAUCAUCAAAGACAACGACUCAAACAACCACAGCAAAGAGAAAACCAAACCUCCGUCUGAACACAGCUCUCCAGAUUACCAUAAUGGAGGGCUUCUGGGAAGCAAGAGAACACCAUCCUCAGUCAGCAUUAUCAAAGUCUGACCUGUACUCCAAUGGAACAUCCGAGCAGUCUGGUUGGACCGCUAGAGGGCAUAAAUCCUUCUUUUUCUGGAAAUCCAAAAAACAACAAACCUAAGAAGCAUCCUUCAUUUGUACUAACACCUAGCUCUGUGUGGUCUACUUUAUUUCUGUACUGUGCUACAGAGGGAAACAAUCUGUAGUGGAGUGGUAAUAACAGUUUUUUUUUUUUAGAGAAUGUGAAU